GACCACGUCUGCCCCGUGCGCCCCGGUUCUUUCACAGGCUCCCCGCCCCUCCCCUCCCUCCUUCCCCCGUGAUGGCGGAGGACAGCGAGUCCGCGGCCAGCCAGCAGAGCCUGGAGCUGGAUGACCAGGACACCUGCGGCAUAGACGGCGACAAUGAGGAGGAGACCGAGCACGCAAGGGGUAGGGGCGCAAGUCCUGGAGGGGAUUUGGGAGCGAAGAAGAAGAAAAAGAAGCAGAAGAGAAAAAAGGAGAAACCAAAUUCUGGAGGCACCAAAUCAGAUUCCGCAUCUGACUCCCAGGAGAUUAAAAUUCAACAGCCUUCAAAAAAUCCAGCCAUUCCAAUGCAGAAACUUCAAGACAUCCAGAGGGCAAUGGAGCUGCUCUCUGCAUGCCAAGGCCCAGCAAAGAAUAUUGAUGAGGCUACCAAACGUAAAUACCAGUUUUGGGAUACACAACCUGUACCUAAACUUAAUGAAGUUAUAACCUCACAUGGUGCAAUUGAACCAGAUAAGGACAAUGUCCGCCUAGAGCCAUAUUCUUUGCCACAAGGUUUUAUGUGGGACACAUUGGAUCUUAGCAAUGCCGAAGUUCUGAAGGAGUUAUACACACUGUUAAAUGAGAAUUACGUAGAAGAUGAUGAUAAUAUGUUUAGGUUUGAUUAUUCGCCUGAAUUUCUUCUGUGGGCCUUACGUCCUCCAGGCUGGUUACCCCAGUGGCACUGUGGGGUUAGAGUGUCUUCAAACAAAAAACUGGUAGGAUUCAUAAGUGCCAUCCCUGCAAGUAUUCGUAUAUAUGACAGUGUGAAGAAAAUGGUAGAAAUCAAUUUUCUGUGUGUCCAUAAGAAACUGAGAUCUAAACGGGUAGCACCUGUACUAAUUCGGGAAAUAACCAGAAGAGUAAACCUGGAAGGAAUUUUUCAAGCUGUUUACACUGCUGGAGUGGUACUUCCCAAACCUGUGGCCACUUGCAGGUAUUGGCAUCGAUCACUAAAUCCCAGAAAAUUGGUGGAGGUGAAAUUUUCACAUUUGAGUAGAAACAUGACUCUACAAAGAACAAUGAAGCUCUACAGACUUCCUGAUGCCACAAAGACUUCAGGUUUGAGACCAAUGGAACAAAAAGAUACUAAAGCAGUACAAGAAUUAAUCAACACUUACUUGAAACAGUUUAAUCUUGCUCCUGUGAUGGAUGAAGAAGAAGUAGCCCACUGGUUCCUGCCUCGGGAUCAUAUUAUUGACACUUACGUGGUGGAGGGCUCAAAUGGUAUUUUAACAGACUUCCUGAGCUUCUACACAUUACCUUCAACAGUGAUGCAUCAUCCUGUUCAUAAAAGCCUCAAAGCUGCCUAUUCCUUUUACAAUAUUCAUACAGAGACUCCCCUGUUGGACUUAAUGAAUGAUGCACUCAUUAUAGCCAAAUUGAAAGGAUUUGAUGUAUUCAAUGCACUAGACUUAAUGGAAAACAAAACAUUCCUGGAAAAACUCAAGUUCGGGAUUGGAGAUGGAAAUUUGCAGUAUUAUUUGUACAACUGGAGGUGUCCGGGCAUGGAAUCUGAAAAGGUUGGUCUUGUAUUACAAUGAGGACACUCACAUUUCUAGAACUCUGAGGCCAUCGUUUUGAGUUAAUUUGAUCUCCAUAACUCUUGGAAUGGUAUUGUUCAAGAGGAGUAAAAGCACAACGUCGGUGAUACUGAAAUAGUCCAUUAAAUCUGAACAAUGAAAACAUCCACAUGUGACCAAAUUUAUGCAUUUUCAGAUAGAUCAGAAGGCCCAUGAAACUCUUCUAUUGUCCAUGAAAAGAAUAAAAAGCACAUUCAUUUAAGUUUCAAAGCUUAGCUUGCACCUUGAUGAGAAGAAGGUAUUUUUUUCCACUCUGUAGAAAAGACUGUUUUGUACAAACUGAACUUCAGUGGUGGAUUAGGGUACAAAAAUAUUUGCUAUUAUGUGGAUGAACUGCUGCAUUUCUAUUUAUUAAGUGGUGGUGUAUGUUUGUCAGUGUAACCGAAUGAAGGAUACAACUUCGAGUAUCUUUGCUUAUUUACUUCACGUGGAUGUCAUCAUUUGGGGGAAAAUCAAGAAGUACGAUACGUUUGUAGCUCUGUGAAAGUCCUGGAUGCUUUUGUAACUGGAGCAGUAUGACAAUGUACUGGUUUAACUAGUGCAUUUGUUUCUCCAUAAGCAACGCUGCCAAAUCAAUAAAAAAUACAGAUUUGUACUUUGAUCUUCAAUAGAUCAGUGGAUUGAUUUAACAGUAUCGCACUGUUCAGUGCAGGUGUUAUCUAUGUUGCCGGAAUGAUAAUACAUUACUGUACUUAAUUUACAGUUGUGGCACAAAACCUUAGUUUUUCCUCAGUAGAAUAACAUCAGCCUGUGUGUAAAACUAAGAAUUUUAGUAGUGCUAUCAGGAUGUUUAUAGUUUGAAUGUUUUCAACGCUUCUGCGAAAUUGCACAUAUUCCUUUGUCUACUUUGAUUUCCUAUGAAGUCUGUAAUUCUAAUGAGAAGUAUCUUGUGUAAAUAUGUAUUCAUAAAUUGUUCCUGGUAGUGUUUUUAUCCUGAAUUUGGAACAAGAAGUUUUGCUAUAUAUAUGUGGCUGGUAAGCAGAAGAGAAAUGCUCUGCCCUCAGUCCUUGGAAGUCUCUGUAACUGCACUUCCUGAAAUGUAGGAGGGCUGAUCUUUAUUGUUGGGUGGAGCUGUUUUAAUUCCCUCAUGAAUGCUCAGCAACGGGAGUGGCUUCUGAAGCACUUUAUAUGCAUUCCAGCGUAGUGUCAUAGCUAGAUAUGAUAGCAGUUCUUUCAGCUCAUGGAUGCUGCAGUAAUGGGAGCACUGAGAAAAUCUGCAUUAAGAAACUGUUCUAGCUGAAAGUGCCAAAUUGUGGUAGUGAAGCCUCUGUGCUGUGAGCAUCUUUUGAAUGUGACUUGAAUAUCUCAUGAAAUGCAAAUGUCUAACUUUCCUUUUAAACAUGCCUGUAAUUCUGACAGCAGAUUUUGCUGAAAGUUUAAUUCUGUACAUGAAGAUAAAUUUGUCUGUUCUUCAUAACUGAUAGCCCUACCCACCUCCUUGUAGCAGUGGGGUUUUUCUUUCUUCCUGCUCCUUUUCCAAUGUGUGAAUGGUUUGUGUUUUGGUUUAUUUUUCUUGUUGAAUUGUGGUGAGAGGAUUCUGCCCUAGAAACAGUGAUACUUUCCCUUACUGCAUUAUAGCUCUGUGAUUAAAGCAUCCGACCUCCUUCAAACAAA